AGCACUGUGACAUCCUCAGUUUUUUAACUCCUGUGUAGUUACAGACAAGGUGGUGCAGCCUGGUGUGUUUUUCAUCACUGCAGAGUUCAGUGAGAUUCACCUUUGAUAUCUUCGUUUUGCGAAGAAUUGAAAUCCUUUGUUUUGGACACUGCUUGCUCUCAUGACAACAUCUCACACUGGAGUAAACAUUGCACUGGAACUCCGAAACUCCGAACCAUUUUUGCACAUUGGGGUAUCGAGCACACAAUACGCUAAAUCGUCACUGAUAUUGUAUCCAACCUGGUGAAAGCUGUGUCAGACCUGGGAUAUCCUCACCUUCCAUGUUUUGCGCAUAUGCUCAACGUUGCAGUGAAAGACGCAAUUAGGCAGAUGGCUGAUGUGACAAUGUUAUUUUUUAAAAGUCAAAAGUAUUGUAACAAUCUUUCAUUUAAGUUCACAAGCUACCCUGAAAAUGGCCCAAUUUCAAAAGCAGUAGGCCUACAAGUAUCCAGAACAGAAAUUGAUUCAAGAAGUGGAGACAAGGUGGAAUUCUUCCUUCUACAUGCUGGAGCGUUACUGUGAACAACAGAAGAUUGUAACAAUGACACUUGGCUGGUUGAACAGAUGCAGCAUGACGCUGUCUGAAAUGGAGAAUAGAACUGCUGAAACAGCAGUAGUAGCACUGCGUUCGUUUGAGCAAGCCACGCCAGAAAUGAGUGCCGAUAAAAUGACCACAGCAUCUAAGCCAAUCUCCAUGACUAGAGGAUUAAAAGAGUGUUUGGAGGGAAUGGAAAAGUCUAUUUUUGUGCAGAACCUAGAGGCUUCAGUCAGUCGGUUUCGCAAUGUGGAAGAGAGACAAGUUCUGGGAGUAAGCACGCUGAGAGGUCCGAGACUGAAACACCUGUACUUCAGCAAGGAGUCAACCUGCAAAAUGGCAAAGGCUCAAAUUGUAAAUGCCAUGAGCUUCAGAGACAGAAAAACAUCAACAACAAAGUCUGCAUCUACAGUGCCCACCCAGGAGCCUUUGCAAGGGAAUUCUGUUCCACCAGUGGCAAGAAGGGGGAUUUGGGCUCGUUUUGACCAGGACGCACAGAAGAACAGGACUCAGACAAGCCAAGUCCUUGACCAACCACAAACUGAGCUCACCAGAUACUUUCAAGAGCCUCUGAUUGAGAGAGAUAAUGACUCUCUGAAGUGGUGGAAAGAGCAAUGUGUUGCAUUUCCUCUUAUGAGAGAUGUGGCACAACAAUAUCUUUGCAUGCCUGCAACAUCGGAGCUUUUCGAUGUUUAUUUUCAAAAGCAGGAGAGCAGGUGUCCCACAGAAGAAUGGGUCUCUCUCGACACAUCAUAAACAAGGUCCUCUUUCUAAGCAAAAGUACAAAACACUAAUUUCUAUUCAUCAGAGU